CCGCGGCCGCGAGCACCAACGCCACGCCGCCUUCUUCCUCUUCCUGCGGCUUCUCUUCCCUCCAAAUCCUCCAAAACCCUCGCGUUUUCCCGCGGCUCGCUUCCGCCGCGAGAGGGUUUUCCUCAUCUGCGCGAUCCUCUUGCCCUGAACGCCAGGGUGUCGGCUCCGCAUUCUAGGGUUUCGCCGCUAUGGAGGCGGUGGUCGUCGAUGCGGGCUCCAAGCUGCUCAAGGCCGGCAUCGCCUUGCCCGACCAGGCCCCGUCGCUGGUGAUGCCGUCGAAGAUGAAGCUGGAGGUUGAGGACGGCCAGAUGGGCGACGGCGCGGUGGUGGAGGAGGUGGUGCAGCCGGUGGUGCGUGGCUUCGUCAAGGACUGGGACGCCAUGGAGGACCUGCUCAACUACGUCCUGUACAGCAACAUUGGGUGGGAGAUUGGGGAUGAGGGUCAGAUCCUCUUCACGGAGCCGCUCUUCACACCCAAGGCACUUCGGGAGCAGCUGGCACAACUUAUGUUUGAAAAAUUCAACGUUUCAGGCUUUUAUGACUCUGAGCAGGCAGUAUUAUCACUUUAUGCAGUUGGACGCAUUUCUGGCUGUACAGUGGACAUUGGACAUGGGAAAAUAGAUAUUGCUCCAGUUUGUGAAGGUGCUGUUCAGCACAUAGCAUCAAAGAGAUUUGACAUUGGAGGAACUGACUUGACAAACCUAUUCGCAGAAGAGCUCAAAAAAUCUAACUCAUCAGUAAACAUUGAUAUUUCUGAUGUUGAGAGGCUGAAAGAGCAGUAUGCAUGCUGCGCAGAAGAUCAGUUGGCCUUUGAAGCCAUUGGAAGCUCAUGCCGACCAGAAAGGCACACUCUUCCAGAUGGGCAGGUUAUAACAAUUGAAAAAGAACGCUAUAUUGUUGGUGAAGCUUUAUUUCAACCCCACAUUUUGGGCCUAGAAGAUUAUGGAAUUGUUCACCAGCUGGUUACUAGUGUCUCAAAUGUCGCACCAGAGUACCACCGUCAGCUGCUUGAAAACACUAUGUUGUGUGGUGGCACUGCCUCAAUGACUGGUUUUGAAGACAGGUUCCAGAGAGAGGCAAACCUGUCUGCUUCAGCAAUCUGCCCAUCUCUUGUGAAGCCCCCAGAGUAUAUGCCCGAGAACCUAGCGAGGUACUCGGCCUGGUUGGGCGGUGCAAUAUUGGCCAAGGUCGUUUUCCCGCAGAACCAGCAUGUCACCAAGGGAGACUACGACGAGACUGGUCCAUCCAUUGUUCACAAGAAGUGCUUCUGAACACAGCUUGCCUUGAAGCCAUGAACUUUGCCCGGGCCGUGGAUGCUCGAAUCUACAGCUAACUGGCAUAUAGGGGCCUGCCCUGUGCUUCAACUUGCUGUACUAACGUCGAUCCUCUGAAGCUGCGGUUCUGAACAAUUCAUUGGAUCAGCUGUGCCCGCGGCUGCCAGGAUGCAGUAGAAUCUAACAUUGGUCUCUAUUUAUUACUAGUUGUAGAGGAUUGUGCCUGCCAAAUCAGAUGAAAAUUAGUGUACUCCACUGCGCAAGUAGGCUGUAUUCGGUUGCUUGAAUGCUUGUCCGCUCAAGAGCGUGCAGAAACCUGUUCGUUCCGUGAUUCUGCCUUGCCAUUCAUUCGUUCUCUGAAUUCUGUGUAGCUGUAGUGGUGUAUAACAAAUUAGAAGCAGUAUUGUUAUUAUCCAAGUUCUUUGGCUGUUGAGGCGUUGAGCUAAUUCCUGUCUGCGAACUCGGGUGUUCUUUUUUCUUUCAUUUUUUCUGAAGGACAAGAUGCAGCAUAAAGGUUCUGUAUAAAUCUUGCACACCCAUUCCCUUUGGGGCCUUGGCUCCAUGCAAACCAUGAAAAGAACAAGUGGGGUUGAUUGCUGAAAAAAAAGCGCUCU